UGCAAAAGCUAAUCAGGGUCCCCACCAACAACACAUAUCUAAGCAUAAAAUCUCAGUUAAUGAUAAUUAAAUUUCUUUUUUCUUCUCUUUCAUGGUAUUCAAUUCAAAAUUCAAAAGAACAAAUUUUGUUAUAGUUGGGGUGGUAUUGUAAAUACACUAAAGAAAGAGCCCCCCAAAGAAAAAUCCAAAGUAAGCCCAAAAGAAAGACAUACCAUGAAAUGUGAAACACAAUGCCACAUGCUUUGUCUCAAGCAUCCAUCCUUGUACUUACUUCUUUUUCUUGGUUCACAAAAGUUGAAAGCAACAAACAGCCUGUCCCUAUAAUUAAUUUUUUAUUAUUAUUAUUUUUUAAUUUUAUUUUUUAUUCAAUUCAUCAUAGGCCACCAUAGUCACAGUCAUGUAUUUCAAACAAACCCUCAAAAUAGUAAGCUCAAGCUUUCAAAGCAAAAUCUACUUCCUUUUGGCCCUCACAUAGGAGUUUCUCUCCAGUCACUACCCUCUCUCUCUCCUCUUUCUCUCUCUCUCUCUCUCACUCUUUUUUAGUUCUUUCUUUAGUAAUCUUGAAUUGAAUAAAUUAUCCAUUCUCUCUCUCCAUCUCUCUUUCUCUGUUGAAGAAACUCCCAAUGGCAUUUGCUGACAGGUGAUAUAAUAAACAACUAAGAAGCUAAAUUGGGUGAGUUGUUAAGAUCAGGAGAAGCUAAAGUAGAAGAAAAAUUGAAGAAAAAGUUAGAGAUUUUAUGGACUGGAACUCGAAAGCACCACCUUCUUGGGAAUUUACUGAACUAGAACAACAAACUUUCUCCAACUUAGGCACAGUUAAUGGAGAUUAUAAUAAGAUUAUCAGAGAGGAUUUUUCAGUAGAUUUGAAGCUGGGACAAGUGGGAAAUUGUAGUAAUAAUGACUUAGUGGAUGCAACAUGGAAGGAGUCAGGGGUUCCAAGACAUGUUCCUUCUUCUUCUUCUUCUUCACCUUCAGGAUCUUCGAAACGGUCUCGGGGUUCUUACAAUGGAUCUCAAACGGUUUCGUGUCUUGUUGAUGGGUGCAAUGCUGAUCUUAGUACUUGUAGGGAUUACCAUAGACGCCAUAAGGUUUGUGAGCUUCACUCUAAGACUCCUCAGGUCACAAUUGGUGGUGAGAAACAAAGAUUCUGCCAACAGUGCAGCAGGUUCCAUUCACUCGAGGAAUUCGAUGAAGGGAAGAGAAGCUGCAGAAAACGUCUUGAUGGACACAACAGAAGGCGAAGGAAGCCUCAACCAGAGCCCUUCUCGCGCUAUGGUAGUUUAGUGUCCACUUAUUCAGGUACUCAGAUGUUACCAUUUUCAUCCUCACUCGUUUAUCCCUCUACAGCGGUUGUGAACCCCAACUGGGGAGGAUGUGUAGUCAAAACCGAGCCAGAGUCCAGUCUCCUUUACCACCAUCAUCAUCAUCAUCAACAACAGCUACCCUUUCUUGAUAAACAUAACAUGUUUCUAGGAUCAACCUCUCCCAACAACAACAACAACAAUACAAACUACAAAGGAGAUGGUAGUAGUAACAAGCUAUUCCCGAUUUUGCAAGGACAUAGUCCUGAAGUUUCAGCACGCCAUCAUCAUCAUCAUCCCCUUCUUCUAAGGACAUUGUCACAACAAUGUAAUGAGGUGCCUAGGAGCAAAUUGUUCUAUGACAAGCCAUUAACAUCAACAACAACAACUACUACUACUUCUACAACAGCACAACGAAUCCAUAACUCGGAUUGUGCUCUCUCUCUUCUGUCAUCACCGUCACCACCGCAGGUGCAGACAUCUGAGAUGGGUUUGGGACACAACAUAAUGUCACACCUUAGCUCCUCAAUCUCAAUGGCAGGGCAACACCAACAACAUCCCACCCUGCAAACUCAUAAUAAUGGUUUAGAGCCUUUCAUGAGCUCAGUUUUGGUCACUAAUGGAAAUGGUGCCACUACUGAUGUUGUUCACUGUUCUGGGAUGUUUAGCAUGGGGUCAGAUACUCAUGAACCCCAUCAAAAUCUUCCUUCUCACUGGGAUUAGUAAGAAGAAAAAGAUAAGGAAACAAAAAAAUUGUUGAAGAUUUCUAUGACCAUUAUGAGACAUGAAUUUGUAUCAUCUCCUUCAUAAUUUUUAUGCUUGUGACUUUAACCUAUUGGGGCAAUUUUUCUUUCUCUUUUUUUUUUGGUAUUACUAUCUCCCAAGAAAUUUUUGUUAAUGGAGCUUUGUAGGUUUGAUCUUUUGGGAGUUAUAUAGUACUAGCUUGGAAAUUUUCAUAUGGAGAAAUGUCAAAAUUUCCACUCUGUUAAUGCAUUUGUUUCUUUUUAACAA